AUGAGUCCAUCAAUUCGUUCAAAGUCAAAGCCUGCUGAUCUUCCACUUGAUAUCAGCUCAAAUCCUCCACGCUUCACACUUGCUGGGACAGCAGCACUUUACUCUAACAUGAACUUCACACUGGGAUUCAGCAACACAGAUCGCCAAGCUGCAGCUCGCGCUCUACUCAGAAGCCAGUCACAUCUUGAUGGCACGCACUACCACACCUGGACACCAAACGGUCUCCAUCCCAAAUACAUAGCUUUUAAUGAUACUGUGGCAUCCACAGAAAAGCGGAGCAUCACACAUGCCGAAUUCGUUGACGCAGCACUUGAAGAUGUAUUUGAUGCACUCACCACUCAAGAUUGUCUCGAUGGUGGUUUCUCCCUUCUCAUUCAUUGCCCGGGCUCUCACAUCACAGGAACCAUCACUCCUGAACGUAUUGCGGUCGAUCUUUAUGUCACUCCACGAGAACUGCAUGAGGCAUCUGAGCAAAUUGGAGGAGAUGUUUCAGUCCUCGUGCAGGCAUUCUGCCAGGAAUUUGCGGUGCCUCAUAUCAAGCGCUUUAUGGAGCGUUGCUGCAAGGAGGAGAUCACACCUCCACAUCGCUUUCCUGCAACUCCGGUGAACCCAACUGUGUCCCCGUUCCUACCUGCGCCCUUAUGUGCCACCAGUGUUCGUAUUCAAUGUUCAGCUCAUGCUCCUGCACAACUCCAGCACGAGUUUGUUCUUGCUGCAGAAUCUUCCACACCAUCCAAGUCAUCAGCUGUAAAGCAGGCUACGACUUUGGCCACUGGAGCCACCAAGAUCAAGCAACGUCGUCGAAAUGCCGAGGCCUUUUCGCUUCACACAAAGAGUCCCAGCGGUUCAGAUGACAAGGUUUUUGGUCCCCCACUGAUCAGCAUUGGGCCCAACACAGACGCUGUACUUGAUCGGUUUAAGAUCGGGGACCAAACAAUCCCGAGGCUCCAUGAGCUCAUUGCCACUGUGCGCAGUAGCCGUUGGGAAACUGUCCUAAGGUCCCCCAAGUGGGAUUUUACCUACGAGCAGGCCUCAAAUUUAAUGGUGGCACUCCAUGUGGAUUUUAAUGUCCCUCAGAUGGACAGCGUGCAUAAGAUUUCAGCACUACUUUCUGUGGUUCUCAAGUUACCUGUCAUUUUGGCAAGUGUGCACACCGGCGCAUAUUCUUCAUUUACAAUAUUUUUACAUUUAUUUUUACUCAUCAAUGGAUUCUUUUGCCUGCAGCCCAAUGCUAUGGUUAGUCAGACCCUCACCACAGCAAAGAAGCAUGUGCAACACUUGGCACGAAUUCGUCCGAAGGUCCGCCUCAGCAAGGAGGUGAGAGCUCUUCUUACAGCACAACGUUGCCAGAAGUCCCGAGUUUUCAAGGCGGCACUUGAUGAGGCCUGGCUCCGCAUCGAUGAAUCUGUGAAGACAAUCGCAUCCUCUCACCACAAGAGCAUCCGACGCGUGCAAAAUGACUUGUAUGUAGGCCAUGCUGCAUUGUGCUUCAAGCAUACAAAGUCAAGCCCAUGGAAUGCAUUUUGUUGGAAGAAACAUCAGCAGGUGAAGGACGAAAAUUGCUCCGGAAAAGCCGUCUUGCAAAGCCUUCUACACGACUAUACGGAUGAGUACCGUGAGCUCUCACAAGAAGAAAAGGACUGUCUAAUCAAUGAAUAUGACAAGAGCAGGGAGCACAAGACCAAGGGUAUAAGAGCCAUUGAAAAUGAGUUGAUUAAGCUUCGAUGCCGCACUGGUGUCGAAACAAUUUUUUACUCAGCGCGAGGCUCUACUAACCUCGCGCUAAAAGGUAUCAUAUUUGCCACUGAAGGCGUCAACGAUUUCAUGGAGUCGACGAUGAGCAUCGACAAUCAAGACCUUGUGAGUAAGAUGGAAGGCUAUGCCAUGCAAGGCAUGCGAGAGGAUAUUACCGGUAUUCCAAAGGCCACAAUGCAAUGGACAGAGUAUUGGCGCAAUACUGUUCAACGCUACAACGUCGUCUGUGAGGGCUGGCCCUCGACUAUCCCUUUCAAGAACUUGAGUGAAGCUUCUAGCGCUCUUUCAGAGCUUAGGAUGCUCCUCAACAAGUGGGAAAGCGGUGCCAUUAAAUGGAGAUACCUGGAGGAGGAAGAAUAUGAAAGGCUUCUUCAAGAAUGCCUCCAGAAGAUUGAUGGUGGAGAGAUUAUUGAGCGCACCCGUCGUCAGCGCUCUGACAAGGGCAAGAAGCGUGCCCAUACCUCGGACAACCCUUCUACACAUCGGAAGAAGGCAUACAAGAGCGCGGAUACCAUUGAGAGUGAUGAGGAGCGUGAUAGCACACCACACACUCCAUCCACUCCAUCCACUCCAUCUGACACUUCCAUAUCUAUUUCGGCGCCUUCGGUCACCGAGCCUUCUACUUCUACUUUGUCUGCUUCUGGAGCUACAAUUAAUGAACCUUCUACUUCUACUUCGUCCAUUUUGGCGCCUUUGGUUACUGAGCCUUCUACUUCUACUUCAUCUGUUCCUGGAACUGCAUUUGCUAACAUUGAUGAUCAUUCUACUGACAUUGAUUUGGACCAAGUUCUCGAAAGGUUAAACUCCAUGGUCGCCAGUGGUCAUAUUCCUGACUUCAAUUUUGCGAUGCCCGAAUUUAACUUCCCUUAG